AUGUCAUCCGCUGGCCUCCCCUACGCCAUCCCGGCCAACUACGUGAUCCAGCUGGUGGAAGAAGGGCCGCUGGGCACAGCACCGGCACUCGCGGCGACGACGGCCGAUGCCUCCUCCUCCCUACACAGCCGGGAGCCGUUGCAGCCGCACGCGCAGCCGUCUCACUUCCAGUUCCCGCGGACGUCGCUGCACCAGGCCACGCUGCACUCGCACUUCCGCGGGCCCCACAAGCCAGGCAGCGUGCUGGCGCCCAAGGCUGCCAACGUGUGGGUGCCGGCCACGGAUAUCCGCGAGACCAUGCGCGCCUACCACAUCGAGAUCGAGACCCCCGGCGUCACGGACAAGAACGACAUCCUGGUCCAGUGGCUAAGCCCGCAUACUCUGCUGGUGCAGGGCGACAUCCGACGCCCCAGGAACAUCGGCCUGCUCGACCCCAACUUGGACCCGGCCGACCGGGUGUGGGAGGGCCAAGGGGACGGAUGGGCUCAAGAGUCGGGUCAUGCACGGCAACAAGACGAAGAUGACGGCGGCCCGCUCCAGCGCACCCUGUCGCGCGAAACCAUCGAGGCCCAGCUCAGGGCCGACGCCAUCCCCACUGUCCUUCUGGCCGAGCGGAAACUCGGCCCGUGGCGCCGCACCUUCACCUUGCCCGAGGACGUCGAGAUGAAGGAGCUCAAGGCCCGCCUCGAGGGCGGCCUGUUGCGCAUCGACCUGCCUAAACGCAGUGUCGAGGAGUACGACGAGUUGAAGGGCGGCGGCGUCCGGAUUGUUAUUGAAUAG